AGGCACACACGUGUGUACAACUUUAUUACUACUUUAUCUCGACUCACGACAAGCUACCGAGACACCCACUCACACAGACGGCUACUACCAUGGACGCGUACGCCUACGACUACAACAACACGCGCACCACCAAACCUGACAUCUCUACAACAGUCAGUAACGCCACCGCGCAAGCCGCAAGCGAGAACACCACAGCGCUCGUCCUGCUGUGCCUUCUCAGCGUCUUCACCGUCUUAAGCAACGGACUGGUACUCGUCUCUAUCGCCGUAGAGCGGAGACUUCGCACCGUCUUCAACUGCUUCAUCGUGAAUCUUGCCGUAGGGGACCUGCUAGUAGGGGCGGUGGUGGUGCCACUGUUCACCGUAUAUAAGUACCUGGGCUACUGGCCGCUAGACAAGAUAGCGUGCGUCUUCUGGCUGGCGAUAGACUACGUCACGUGUAACGUGUCUCUCCUGACGCUCUGCAUGAUCUCAUUCGACAGGUGUCUGGGGAUACGGUCGCCGCUCAGGUACCUGAAGGUCCGUUCCAAACGCCGUCGAGCCGUGGUGUGCGCUAACGUGGCGGUGUGGCUGGUGGUGUCGGCGUUCUGGGUCCCGGGUGUCCCGCUCACCUACAUCAACGACCCGUCCAUCUGCGAGCAGGACAUGGUCACCCACCGCACCUACGACAUAAUAACGGCUGUCCUCUGUUACUACCUGCCGUCGUGUUUCCUGGUGGUCUGCCAGGUCCUCAUGCUGAUCAGGUUAAAGGGGACGGUGAAGAAGAAGGCGUUCCUGAAUGCCAGUCACCAUUGUCACAGCAAGGAAAACUCCAGACAAAACGGGAAAAGUCUCCCAGGAAAAAGAAAACGGGCGCAGUCAGAGAGUUCCGUAGAGAGCGCAGCCGGAUGCGACUUCUCCCCUGCGCCAGUGAGGAAGAACCCCCGUAAAGGACCUUGUGCCGCGCGCGCUCAAAUCCGUAGUUCUCCUGGACUUAAAUACUCAUCGGGGAAUCUUUCUAAAGUCUCAAGACCGGUUUCAAAGUCAUCGAACACUUCAGAACGCUUUCAAAGGGGUACCAGCUCUGGCAGCUCCCCUCUAGCGGUAAGACUUGGCAUUGCAGCUGUCAUGAAGGCCGCCGAGGAGCAGAACGGCGUUCCCCGAAGCCGAGGCAUGACUUUCCCGUUGGACGACAUCGAAAAAAUUAACCACGAUGAUGUACGGAUUCGUGCCCGUAGCCUUGGAGAAGAAAAACUCAAAAACAGAGUGAGCAAAACGAACAGUUUGAGCGAUCUGAUCUCGGCUAUCACGAAGAGCGCGGCCGCCUCGACUCACACCCGGCACGCGGACGGAAUGUGCCGGCGGGAGCGGGCGGCGAUCCGGACGGUGAUCAUCAUCACGGUGGUGUGCCUCAUCUCCUGGCUGCCCUGGUACGUCGUCUACAUGUUCCUCGCGUUCGACCCCGACAGCGUCCCGCCCGUGGUGUACGACACUGCGUCCUGGAUGGCGUACGGGAACUCCGCCGUUAACCCCAUCCUGUACGGCUACCUGAAUAAGGACUUCAGACAGGUAUUUAAGAGGAUUGUAGGGAUGGGGAAGGCGGGAGAGAAGUUCAGUCCGGCUGGGUCGCCCAACCUGUCUCCCACGGGCACGCCGGAGUCACGUCGCGGCUACAAAAUAUCAAGUAAAAAGGCGUCCGCUCCGGUCGUGUCGCCAAAAACAGGACAGUGACACGUAAUGACCAGGAGUGAACAAGGACUUCAGACAGGCAUUUAAGAGGAUUGCUGGGAUGGGGAAGGCGGGGGAGAAGUUCGAAUUCAGUCCGGCGGGGUCGCCCAACUUGUCUCCCACGGACGCGUUGAGAGUUACAUCGCGGCGACAAGACACGACCAAGUAAAAUGGCAUCCACUCUUGAGGCGUCGCCAAAAACAGGACUGUGACAUGUAAUGACCAGGAGUGACCUCGGUCGAGAUCUUUUAUCGUGACUUUGACUUUGAAUUACUGUACCGUGUUUAACAACUAACUUCGCGUUUCCUGUCAUGAUUUUAUGACACUUUUCUCGGAAUUUCGUAACAUUUCCUUUAGAAAUCUGCAUGGCAAGUAUGAAACCUAGCCUGACCGAGAAUAACCUCUAAACCCAGCUAGGGUACACAUCAGCUGAGUCGGUACAUUGUGUUUUUAAACACAGACUUCCCCUAGAUGCACUUAGAGAUAAGCAGUUUGAAGAGAACUUUUCCUGAAAAAAUUACUCCAUGGCAAAAGGCACGUGCUCGGUCACGUGUACAAUCCAUCAAGGCCUACGUCACACUUCCAAACCGGGGCCCGGCCUGGCAGCUUUCGGGAACGAAAAGUAUUAUAUAAAAGACAAAAAACUACAAAAGACGUCAAGAGAAAAUAGACGUCGUGGGCAUUUUUUGUUUGUGUUCUACAUAAACAUUUCUAUUUUCCGUUUUCACAAACAGCCCGGUCGGACACCGGUUUGGAAAUGUGACGUUAGCCUAAGUACGGUUUCCAGCUAGGCUAUAUCAGAACUGACCGUCGACAAGUUCAGGAGCUACAAGUCUUUUCUGUCACAGGACGACUGAAAAUGCACGACAAACCCACGACUGUCCCCAAAAUGACCUCAACGUGUGUCCAUCGUGCGACAAACGUGACUUGACCCUCAGUGACCGAGGAUAACCCCAGUCUAUUGUUGCUAACGACUUUGCCACUUCGGCAUUUCAUCAUUUUAGUAUGUAAACAAUGCGCAAACUUCCUUCAAUGCACUUAGAAACCAAGUUAUUCUAUGUAGUCCAAAAAUUCGCAGAAUUCUUGAAUGGCCAACUGUUAACCUAGAAUAACCCCUGUGACGUCAUGUCUACAUUCUUGAGACAGGUUAUUAUAUUUGAUAACUAAACACCAUGUGUUAGUAAUGUAUGCUAUCCACUUGGAGACAAUCUUACUCAAAGUACUAAGUGUUUGAUAGACCAGUAUAAGAGACAACUAUCUCUGUGAGAUAGGAAAAACUUGGUGGUCCAGUAUAUGGAUAUAAGUGUAACGUUUGGUAAUAUAAAGUAGAGGUGACUGUGAGUUAUAGUAAUCUUUUUCUGGAUUUUUACAGAAGAUUUAUUCAAGUUUUUGUCACCCCAAGAAUGUGAAAGUACGUGAUGUAUGCAUCUAGUCAAACCUGC